AUGGCAAUCGGGUCACAGAAACAGACGACGUCAAAUCUCGACGUCACAAUUGGAACUCUCCGUCGAUGUCUUGGCAUGGUCGUUACGAGCAACAGAUCCGUUUCCCCUCAGUCCAAAGAGGUACGACCUUUUCAUUCGGAAAUUGCAGUUAUUAUCAAGAAAAAUCGCUGUUUUCCCAUUCAUGAAGCAAUAAAAAAAAAACAGAGAUUUGAAAUUUCAUUUGAGUAGACUUUGCCCUUCUAUAGCCUCGAACGUCACAUAAACUAAGUCUUUUGUGAGAGAUAUUCCCCGACUUUUGUAGCAUUUUCCUUUUUCUAAUGAAGAGUCUCAAGCUUCCUUUAAUAAAAACUUUUAGAGAUUUUUCAGAAUAGUCAAAUUCUGUAGCCCCUACUUCCAUUCGAUGAAAACGUUUCAUACCUAGUUUUUAACUCGAAUCUUCUAGAUUGUUUUCCUCAUAUCCGUUCUUUCCUUGGAACAUGUGGAAAGACUGAGAAAUCGAUUUCGGAAUUUUCCUACCAAUUUCCUCAUUUGAUAUAUUGGUAUAGACCAGAAAGACUAAAUAUUGAGAAAGAAGACGUUUCGGGGCUUUCAGGAAGGCAGCUCAUGUAUGGAGGAAGCCGUACCCGAGCGCUCGAAAUGGCCGCAUUGCCAGCACCUGAUCAGCCACGACGAGCCUCGAGCUGGAGAACAACCCGAGAACAUUCGAAUCGUGCAGUACAAGGUAUCCAAAAAGUAUUUGAACUCCUUUUUCUUAUGAGAGGGAAACACUUACGACUGAUAAAAGAUUUGAACGGUCCUAAAUGAAUACGAAAACAUUUCUUGAAAAGUCGAAGGCGAAGAAAUUGAAAAAUUGAAUAAAUCCAAAAAAAACAGCUCUAAAUUUUUGCAUAUUUAUCAUUUUUUGUGCGUAUUGUAUCUCUUUUUUCAGGACGAAAACCAAAUCGGCGACAUAAUGCGUCUGAUCACGAAAGAUUUGAGCGAGCCCUACUCCAUCUACACCUACCGUUACUUCAUUCACAACUGGCCCGAGUUGUGUCUUCUGGUAUAUAUUUUUUUCUUUUUUUACCCGCACCUCUUGAACCUUGUUACAUGAUAAAACCUCAUUCAUUUCUUUUUUUCUGAUCAGAUGAUUUUUGCGUGACACCACAAAGAAUAUAUAGAGGAACCAGUCUCACUAUCUCUGGUGCUCCCAGAAAAUGGCGAACUUUUGACCGAUUACCUUAUCGUCGGCGCAUUUUUCGGACGCAUUUCUCUUCAGUUUGGCGACGAAACAAUAUUAACGGUUUUUUUCGUAGUUCUACUGUAGGUAAGAGACAUCAAAUGAUAAGAGAAACCAGUAAUUUCCUCUCCAAAUGUGACAGCUUUUUUUUGCGGUCGUUUGCACGUGGCGCCGCCGAAAGUUAUCACGAUCUUAUACCUUUUUGUCACAUUAAGAUAACGUUCCUCACUUGAUCACACGGUAAUAAUAUCUUUUGAAUUCUGCAACGGGAACGGACAAAAUUUUAACUUUUCUGAAAAUUUCGUGUCAGCUUCGAAAUGCUCUUGAGAAAAAAAAUUGAUCCCUGAAUAAGAAUCCGGAAAAAAAAAGAAAAAAUCGAAAAAAAAGAGAAAAAAAUUCAUCCGUGCAUAAAAAUCCGCGUUGGGACAGUAAAAAAAAAUCAGAUUUCUAGUUUUCAAUUUAAUCAGUUUUUAGUCACUUUUUAAAACAUUUUCUUUACUUGCUAAUGAGAAAUGAACCCUAUGCUAUUCUGUUUCACCUAGAGUGGACUGAAAAUUCAAUAAAACUGGAAUUGAAAGAUUUCUUAAUGAUGGAGAGUCCAACACACUUACACGCAGCUCCUUUAAACCUGGCUUAAAAAUCUUUUUUUUUUGUUGCCAAAAAACGGAUAUUUGAGGCCUACGACACGAACCGAUGUUCCUACGUCGGAGCAGUCGUCUGCAAACUCGAGAGAAAUUCGGAAGACCGCCGCAAGGGCUACGUGGCCAUGCUGGCCGUGGAUGAGUCUUGUCGAAGACUCGGCCUCGGUUCGUCCUCCAUAGUCGCUUCCGCCAAUCCUCUCUUCAUUUCUAGGCACGAAGCUUGUGCGUCGGGCCAUUCAGAACAUGCAGGCGCAGGGCUGCGACGAGGUCGUCCUGGAGACGGAAGUCAGCAACAAAAACGCACAGCGCUUGUACAGCAAUCUCGGGUUCAUUCGCGAAAAACGGUUAAUUAGGUGAGCGAAUUAAAAAAGAGCUGCUAUUCUGACGAUCAGCGAAAACAUUUAAGUGAUUGUUUUUUUGACAAGCUAGCGGUGAGCAAAGUAUUCGAACUUGAAAAAAAAAAUGAAAUAUCCUGUAAUGAACUAUGUAUGUAUUCUUCUUCUUUUUGGAAAAAUGAGUUCGAACUUUCAUUCAUUUGUCUGAAACUCGGCGCCAGUAAUGUCCCCGCAAAAUUUCUAAUAGAAUGGAGAACAAUAUUCUCAGAGGUUUUGCCUUUUCAAUGAGAAUUUUCGCAGAGGAUUACGUCUGUAGUGCACGAGAUUGGAUGCGAUGAAAAGAAUCUUUGAGGACGUUUCGAUGUUUGACUUUUUUGAACUUAAGUUGUGAAUUUUUUGACCAAGAAAAUUUAUUAAUUUUGGAAAAAAAACACUUUUUUAAAAAGAUUUUGAGAGAGAUACAACGUUGGACUUUAAAUUUUUUUGCAAUGAAAUAAUUUUGUUUCUACAUUCAGUUAUGAAAUCCAAUACAGAUAGCUUUACGAUGCUACUUUUCUGAUUGGCUGGCCACGCCCUUUUUCAAUGUUGAUGCGAAGCGAGUCCAUCAGAUUCGGCGCUCGUUUGACCAAUUUUCGAAAUCUUGACGGAAUUUCAACAGAAGAAUAGUAUUCUAACUAUACCAAGAUUAUAUGUGAGAGUAAAUCAUAUUCAGAUCAAAAAUGCAAACAUUUUAAACUAACCUUCUACAAUUUUGGUCUUCUCAGUAAAUCUCGCAAAAUUAAAAUAAUCUCGCAAAAUUAAAAUCUUUAUUCAUACCCAAUAUCUUACAGGUAUUACCUGAAUGGCGGCGACGCCUUCAGACUCAAGUUGAUUUUCUCAACCGCCUAUCCUAUUGACGUCUAUUACCAACGGGAACUAGCCAUGCGUCGGUACAGCGACGACGAUCAGUGA